AUGGAUGCCACCAGUACAGCCCUUGCUUCAUCCUCACCAUCCAAUUCCUCAAAACAUUGGAAAUACGACGUGUUCUUGAGCUUUAGAGGUGAAGACACACGCAAGAACUUCACUGACCACCUCUAUUGUACAUUAAUAGACAACAGGGUCAACGCCUAUAUUGAUGAGAAAGAACUACCAAGAGGCGAAAAUAUAUCAGAAGAACUAAAGCAAGCAAUCGAACAGUCUAGGAUCUCUGUCAUCGUCUUCUCAAACGGGUAUGCGGAUUCCACAUGGUGUCUUGAGGAGCUGGAGAAGAUCAUGGAGUGUAGAAGAAGAAGACUUAGCCAAAUGGUUUUUCCAAUUUUCUAUGAUGUUGAUCCUACACAAGUCAGGAAACAAACUGGUAGUUUUGCAGAAGCAUUCCAAAGACAUGAAGCGAACUUCCCUGAAGAUAAAGAUAAGAUACAGAGGUGGAGAUCUGCUUUGUUUGAAGCUGCAAAUUUGGCUGGCGGGAACCUUAAAAACAAUGAUGGGUAUGAAGGAAAGUUUGUAGAGAAAAUUGUAGCCGAGAUCACCAGAAAACUGAACAACAUAUGCUUACACGUAGCCACCAACGAAAUUGGAAUGACAUCCCGCAUGCAAGAAGUCAGUAAUUAUUUGCAUGUUGGAGGAUCAGAUGAUGUUCGCAUUAUUGGCAUUUGGGGUAUGAUCGGAACGGGUAAGACAACAGUUGCAAAAGCCAUUUUCAACAAAUUUUAUCGAAGUUUUCAAGGUGAAAGUUUUCUUGAAGUGAGCAAAGGGGAUAUGGUUAAAUUGCAAAAGCAACUUCUUUAUGAUAUCUUGAAACCAGCCAAAAUAGAGGUAAGUAGUGUCGCUGAAGGGACCAAGAAGAUAAAAGACAAACUUGGCAGCAUAAAGGUACUCGUCAUCUUUGAUCAUAUUGAUUCUGAGGAACAAUUAUGUGACUUAGCUAUAAACCGUGACUCGUUUGGUCCAGGGAGUAGAAUUAUUAUAACAACAAGAAACAAACAUUUUCUAGAGAUACUUGAGGUGGAUGAGACAUAUUUGGUACCACCAAUGAGUGAAGAAGAAGCUUUUCAGCUCCUUUGUUGUCGUGCCUUUACUAAGCAUCAUCCUAAUGAUGAGGGUUAUCUUAAACUCUUAAGAAAAGUUGCUAAAUAUUGUGGAGGUUUGCCAUGGGCACUUGAGGUUUUAGGCUAUCUUUCUUGA